AUGGAGAAGGUGCGUUACAGUCUCAACUGCAUGGAGAAGGACGACCACACGGGCGCCAUGCGGUGCAGCGAGUGCGGCAUGGUGUCGCAGCAGUUCCGCGAGGAGGACAACGAGGGCGGCGCGGGCGGCGCGGGCGGAGGCGCGGCGGGGACGGGGGUGGGGGGGAUGGGGGGGUCGCAGGCGGUGGUGCGCGAGAGCAACGUGGCGCUGCACCAGCAGCGGCAGGACGUCGCUGCGGCGGACGCCGCCAGGGCUGCUCGCGCCGUCAGCCUGCAAGUGCAGGCGCACGCCCUGGCGGAGCACUACUGCGCGGGGCUUCACGCCAUGCUGGCCCGCCAGUGCCACGCGCUCUCCGCCCUGCUCGCCCCGCCCACACCUGCUCCGCCCCAGGGGCCCAUGGGGGAGGGCGGGGAGCGCAAGGAGCAGGACACUGCUGCUGCUGCGGCUGCCUCGGCUGCCAAUGCAGCAGCGCUGAGCAGCGUGGCGCGGCAGAUCCUGCUGCGCCUCGUGCUGCACGCGGGUGUGCUCCGCCAAGGGUAUGCCGAGCGCUGCUGGCUGCUGUGGCGCGUGGGUGAGGGCGCAUGGGGAGGGGGGCACGCUUGGGAGGAAGGGGAAAGGGGUGCGGGAGGGGUUGGGGGAGGGGGAAAUGGGGAGGAGGGAUGGGGAGGGGAGGCGAAGUCUGGUGGAAGGAAGAGACGAGGUGGAGGUGAGAUGGGAGGGGAAGGGGGGGAGGCACUGCAACGGGAGAUGGCAGGGUGGGGCAUGGAGGGCGGGAGCGGGGGCUUUGGGGGAAUGGGGUGCGCGGCAGCGCAGGGGGCAGGCGAAGAAGGGAGAGACGAAGAGGGGAACGGCGCAGUGGGUGGCACGGGGCAGCACGAGGAGGAGGAUGAGUGGGCGCGGGAGCUGCGGGCGAUUCUGGCGGGCGCAAGGCGGAGCAGGCGGCAAGAGAGGGAGGAGGUGAGGAAGCGGGCGAGGCGGGCGCGGAGGAAGAAGUGGGGGCAGUUUGAAGCGGAGCUGGCGGCCAUUCGGGAGGACGAGGCUGCUGAGAGACGCGAAGGAAGUGAGGGGAUGGGGGGGGAUGGGAUGGGAGUGGAAGGGGAGGGAGAGGAGGAGGAAGGAGGGAAGGGGGGGAGUGAGAAGGCGUCGAUGAGGGAGACGUGGUUUGCUCUGGCGGAGAGGCUUCAGACAAGCCCUUUCUUUGCCGUCACCUGCAAGCUGCACGUCCACCUACCACUGCACGCCUCACUCGCUUCCCUCUACCUCGCCUCUCACUACCUCCGCCUGCCGCUGCUCCCCACCGACAUCUGCCACCUGGCGCUCUCCGGUUCGCUGCCCUACCUGUCCGCGUGGCGCCAGCUGUCGCCCUUCCAGGGCUACCCCGCCAGCGUCCCACCCGCCACGCUCUUCCGUCCGCUCGCCCUCUGCUCUGCCCGCCUGCUCGAGCUGCUCGCUGCCUCUGCUGCCGCAUCCAUCGCCCUGCGCCUGCCCCCCCUCAACUUCCGCCUAAUUGGGGAGCGGUUUCUUCAG